AUUCUGCUCAAACGAACCACGGACUUGCCCUGGCAAGACGCUCCUGCGACGUGGUGGCGAUCCUUGUCUGUGUUUCUAAGUUUUAGAGUGGGGUUUGGGAGGGAGUGGGUGGCAAAAGGGGAGAGUGGAGAGGGCAGAACGGGCCUGGGCGGCCCUGGGCCUGUACCAUGCAGAAAGACACUGAUCAUGGUGCCCAGACACCGACACCGAGUGCCUCAGAGCAGGCACACUGGACUGACUGCUUGUGGACCUUCUGCCAAGGCUGUGGGUCCCAUGAACAAAGCGAAGACGAAUAUCCUCCACACGUCAUCCAGUUGGCACCUUUGGAAAAGGUCCAAAGGGCGCCCAAAAAGUCUACGGUAAAGCACUUCACCACCUCCCGUGGACACAACGUGGAUGAACAUGACAGGAAGAGAAGGUCCCAUGAACAAAGCAAAGACGAAUAUCCUCCAUAUGUCAUCCAGUUGGAACCUUUGGAAAAGGUCCAAAGGGCGCCCAAAAAGUCUACGGUAAAGCGCUUCACCACCUCCCGUGGACACAACGUGAAUGAACAUGACAGGAGGAGAAGCAAAGGAACAUCUGCCAAAGAGCCAGAACAGAGAAACAAAGAGCAUGUGAGACUCAACAGAGAAGUGCACCACAGUACUGAUCCAAAGUCUUUCUUCAGUGAAGAAAGACAUCCAGGAGAGCUACAAUUGAUACCUGAAAAGCCUGUCCAGAUCAGUACAGUGAAUGCAGGAACUGAACAGAAGACUCCAAUCAGCAAAGGAACAUCUGCCAAUGAUCCAGAACAGAGAAACAAAAAGCAUGUGAGAUUCAACACAGAAGUGCAACACAGUACUGAUCCAAAGCCUUUCUGCAAUGAAGAAAGACAUCCAGGAGAGCUACAAUCGAUACUUAAAAAGCCUGUCCAGAUCAGUACAGUGAAUGCAGGAACUGAACAGAAGACUCCAAUCAGCAAAGGAACAUCUGCCAAAGAGCCAGAACAGAGAAACAAAAAGCAUGUGAGAGUCAACACAGAAGUGCAACACAGUACUGAUCCAAAGCCUUUCUGCAAUGAAGAAAGACAUCCAGGAGAGCUACAAUCGAUACUUAAAAAGCCUGUCCAGAUCAGUACAGUGAAUGCAGGAACUGAACAGAAGACUCCAAUCAGCAAAGGAACAUCUGCCAAAGAGCCAGAACAGAGAAACAAAAAGCAUGUGAGAGUCAACAGAGAAGUGCAACACAGUACUGAUCCAAAGCCUUUCUGCAAUGAAGAAAGACAUCCAGGAGAGCUACAAUCGAUACUUAAAAAGCCUGUCCAGAUCAGUACAGGUAAGAUUAAUAGUGAAUACUCUAUUGGUCCUACCCUAAUUGAAAAAAAGAGUAACAAGUUUGUUUUUUCCAGAAAAAAAAAGGCCAACGAAAUCCAAUAUAAAUGCAGUUAUAUUUUUUCUUAA